GGUUAGACGUGAUUUCCCUCGAUUCAUAAAACCCCCUCCAUCGAACCGCAUCAUUCCUAAACUAGCAUAUCUCCCUUUUCCUUUCAAUGCCUAGCCUAUUUUCCAUACGGCCAAGGUAGUUCAUAGUUCACUCAUCCUGUCAUCCUAGAGAAAUUGGACCUGGACCCUUAAUCAGAACCAGCCGCUUACCCCGCUUUCAGGCUAACAUUAGAAAUCCUGAGCCCUGAGCGACAAGGUGAAAAUUAAAAAGACUGCCGUCUAAAUCUGGUCAAUCAGAAGUCGCCUCCUUGUCUGAGCAUCUCCACUGCUAGUUAACCUGGCUACUAAAACGGCUAUUCACCCAUCGACUUAUAGAUUCAAUUACCUAACAGCCCUUAGGGGUGUCGACUAGGUCCGAACCACCAUAAUGACGAUGUCCGAGGGCGAUGGUCAGAAUGGGGUCCAAAGAUUGACCACUCAGGCAUCCGUGCCUAGGAAGAAAUUUGCGAUUCCUCCCGUUAAGAAUGCCUGUCUAUCCUGUCGCGCGUCGAGGACACGAUGCAACGGCGAGCAUCCAUGCGCAAGUUGUGUAACAAAAGACCGCGAAUGUGUCUAUAAACCUAGCAGGCGAGGAGGUCCGCGCAUUCGAAAGAAGGCCAGACCACUCUCCGACUAUCAAGAUCUAGCUAUCUCGCUACCUACUCAUCAAGAAGAAAUCCCUCAAGAUGCACUUCUUCUCGAGAACUAUAUAGAUCCUGGCGCUGGCCUUAAGCCUCUGGCAGAUAUCUGGAGAGAUAGCGACGCCAUAUAUGAUAAUCUAUUCCAAGAUGCCCUGCCGACCCCAAUGCCUAAUAUUAGGAUUCCGAUGGUUAGAACCUAUGGGGGGGAUGAUCGGGCUAUAUUAAACGCCUAUUAUAUCUGGAUUCAUCCGUAUUUUCCCAUUUUACCUCCCCCCGAGACGACGCCGGGACUAGACCAGGUCUCGCCCCUAUUCGAAAACCAGAGAGACAAGUUUGAGGAGCCAUCUUCAGCUAUCAGUUUGGCUAUCUCCGCAAUCUUAGCCCUCAUCCCGUGUCCCCAGGAUCCAAACCCGCUGGAGCCCGAGUCCGUUCGUUGGAGACGCACGUAUUCGCAGUUUUUCGCAAAAGCAGCAUUAGAGAGUAUCGAAACUGAGGCGGAACGACCGGAAUCCUCUGUUUCGCCACCAAGGGCUCUAGAUGAUUCCGACGAUGAAAUUUUUAGAGAAAAGUUUCACUCACAAGUUCCUCUAGAGUUAGAAAGUAUCAUCGCUCUUGAUCUUCUCAGCGUCUACGAAUAUGCGCAGCGCGGAAACUUGAAGAAGAUGCGGGCUAGGGUUGGAGCGGCCUUAGUAGCUGCCAUGUCCCAAAUGCUCCAUAUAAACAGCGACGAGGAGGAUGAGUACUCAGAAGCACGACGUCGCACAUGGUGGAUGACGUAUAUCUGCGUCUGCCAAGGGUCAAUUGUUAGCAAUACACCUCCGACGUUCGAAGUCUUCGCUUCUAGCUUCACGGCUAAAUAUCCUAUGAUCAAGGCUGAUCCAGAUGCAUGGCCAUUAUUCAUCCAAGCUCAGCAGGCUAUUUUAGCAGCCACCCAGUUUGUUAUCGAUUUUAACAAGGCCAGAAAAGAACAAUCAGAUAUGAACCGUAUCUUCAAUCGAAUGCGAGACCUUGAACGGCUUUUAGAACCUCUGAUCACCAAAUCCGAAACGUGGAUAUUGAACUGCCCACUGACGCAGCCAGUUGAUAAGAGGGAGUCGGUCCUCUCUCAAUCGUUGCGAUGCAUUUCGCGUAUCAAGUUGAACAGUGCUCGAAUCAAAGUCCACCGUUAUUGCGCUUUCUUCGAUCUUGCCGUUUUUUCGGGGAAGCACUGCGACCUGAAGAGCACAACCGAGAAAGACGCUGUUGAUAGUCCGGAUGUUGUUCAACUUCAGUCGUGUUGUACCACUCUGAGCAGUACACCUUCUGUUCACUCGAGCCCAUCUGGCGGAUCUGUGUCGCCCACGCUCUCUAGCCGAUCCACUCCUAAUACGGACUGCUGUGGUUUCACGUACCAACCGGCACCAAUAAUGACGUUCCCGUUCAGCACCCACCAGUCGUCUAAAAUAUGCCUAAAGUCGGCCUUAAAUAUUGCACAGGCGUUCGACUCCUUACCGUACCCGAAUCCUAGCGGCUUGCUUUGCGAUACCCCUUGUUACAUAGGACCAAACUCUACGUUGAUCACACCGAGGACAAUGCCUUCGUUCGCCUGUUGCGCAAUGCAGUGUAGCUACGCAUUGCUUAUGGUUAAGGACAGAACGGAGACGAUGUAUCCAACAGCAACUGGCGAGGCCGGUCCCCUUGUCGAUAACCUUCGUGACCGCCUUCAACAAGGAUUGGUCUCCAUAUUAGUAACACUAGAGAACUAUGCAACGGCUUUCGAAGCCUUAGGCGGGAUGAGAGACCAAAUUCGCGAUAAAGUCGAUUUAGCAUUAGGAUUCUGAUACGAGUUAUGACAUUUCUUUCCCAACGGGUAAAAUUCUUGGAUAUCCAUUAGGGUUUGGGUUAUUGCUUAGGCGCACUCGUUAUAUAUAGGUUUGAAUACUUCUCCUCUCUUUGAACUAAUACCACGAACUAUCUCAAAGGCUAGGACAGAUUUAGUCAAUAUGUAUCGACACGUUCAUGGCUAAUGAUUAUAAAUUGUGGAAAUUCCAGCGGUACCUGUGAGGCUAUUUGAAUAAACACAAUUUGUGUAAAUCGAAGCGCAAAAGUGUUAUUUGUUGAAGUAGCAUUGGGCCAGUCAUCCUUUUCAAAGGUGGAAUAAAAGAGCGGGCCUCUAAGCAUAUAAAAUGCCAAUAAUUAGAUCCUACAUGAAAUCAGAGCCGUGAUGCUAUUA